AUGACGCUCCGUUAAGCAGUCUCGGGUCUCUCCCUCAGCUCGCCUCGCUGCUCAGCCUUCUCCUGCACUCUCUCUCGCUCUCAGAAGCCAAAGAUCCCACCAUCGCUUCAGCUUUUUUUUAUUCUUUUCCUUUUUUAUUUUUAUUUUAUUUAUUUUUUGCAGGAGGGAGAAUACAUCGCCAUGUGUGCGCCUCCCCGGGGGCUGGGCAGAGAAUAAGGAGAAGUGGUACCCGCCUCUCUCCCCCUGUCACCAGGCACCACCUCCUUCCUCUGCACACUUCCGCCUGGAGGACGUGCUCGCCUUCGAAGCCGGCAAGCCACAGCCGACGCGGAGCCCAGGCGAGACGGCGUACAAGUGGACAAACUGAAGAAAGAUCUGAACAUUUGGACAGGAGAAUUUAAAGACAUUGAAGUUUGUGGCCGAGGCACUGACUGGAGCCAAACAGCAUUUCUGAAGCUUUUGCAGCGGCUGCUAUUGAAUUAAAGCUUCUGCCUGGCAUCACGCUGUGAUUAUGAGCCGAAGGGAAGCCAUGACGGCAAACCAGCAGCCCACAGGUGCCACGCCCACCGGCUCCAAUGCUACAGAAGUCACCAAACCGGCCGGGGCCAAGCCGCAGGAUGAGUCGUUCUCCAAGCUGAAGAACAAGUUCAUGAAUGAGCUCCACAAGAUCCCACUGCCAUCAUGGGCUGUUAUCGCCAUCGCCUUCGUGGCUAUCCUGCUGAUCCUCACCUGCUGCUUCUGCCUCUGCAAGAAAUGCAUAUUCAAGAAGAAGAACAAGAAGAAGGGCAAGGACAAGGGUGGCAAGACCGCCAUCAACAUGAAGGACGUCAAAGACGGAGCCAAAAUGGAGGCCUUGAAGGAUGAGGAUGACGCAGAGACAGGGCUGACAGACGGGGAAAAGGAGGCGGAGCCCAAGGAGCAGGAGAAACUGGGCAAAUUGCAGUACUCCCUGGAUUACAAUUUCACCGAAAACCAGCUCAUCGUGGGGAUCAUCCAGGCAGCAGAACUGCCCGCCAUGGACAUGGGCGGCACCUCAGACCCCUACGUCAAGGUGUACCUGCUCCCUGACAAGAAGAAAAAGUUUGAGACCAAGGUGCACAGGAAGACCCUCAACCCCACCUUCAACGAGCAGUUCAUCUUCAAGGUGCCCUACACGGAGCUGGGGGGAAAGACACUGGUGAUGACCGUGUACGACUUUGACCGCUUCUCCAAGCACGAUGCCAUCGGGGACGUGAAGGUGCCCAUGAACAAGGUGGACUUCAGUCACGUGACAGAGGAGUGGAGGGACCUGGAGAGUGCCGAGAAGGAGGAGCAAGAGAAGCUGGGUGACAUAUGCUUCUCGCUGCGGUACGUUCCCACCGCCGGCAAGCUCACCGUUGUCAUCCUGGAGGCCAAGAACCUGAAGAAGAUGGACGUGGGCGGCUUAUCAGAUCCAUAUGUCAAAAUUCACCUGAUGCAGAAUGGGAAGAGGCUGAAGAAAAAGAAGACGACAAUUAAGAAAAACACCCUUAACCCGUACUACAAUGAGUCCUUCAGCUUUGAGGUGCCAUUUGAACAAAUCCAGAAAGUGCAGAUAGUUGUAACCGUUCUGGACUAUGACAAGAUCGGGAAGAACGAUGCUAUUGGAAAGGUGUUUGUGGGCCUCAACAGCACGGGCACAGAGCUGCGGCACUGGUCGGACAUGCUGGCUAACCCGCGGAGACCCAUCGCCCAGUGGCACGUCCUCAAGCCUGAGGAGGAGGUGGAUGCCUUGCUCUCCGCCAAGAAAUAAGGGAAGCCCUUCAAGAUGUGUGCUGGUAAUGUCCCUUAACUAGUAUCUGUAAAUACCUCAGUGAUACGAGUCCUCACCCCCAUGUACACGUUUGCCCCGUCCGCUGAAAUCCUGCAGGUGUAUAGGCCCUUUUAAAAGCCCACUCUUCUUCACUGGCAUAUACACAUUACCUUCUAAAACCAAUCAUCUGCCCACACGCCCCCUUCUUUUAAGCAAUAUGAUCUGUAUAGAUAGCGCAUGACAAAUUAUUUAUUGUACUACAGUUGUAUAUAUAUCAGUAUGCAGACAAAAUGAUUUAUAAUUUGUGUUUGUAUGUUGUUUAGCGUUUCCUAAUCUGUGUAUAUCUUGAUGUUUUUAAUAAGAUGUUCUAUUUUAAAUGAUGUAAAUGGAGAUAUAGGAGAGCUUAUAUAUAUAUAUAUAUAAACAGGAUUAAAAAUCUUACUGCAUUCCAGAGAAGACAAUUCCAACCAACAAGAUGCUAGUGGAGGUAUACUCAAGUUGCAAAGGACGGUGUCAGUCUGUAUGUUUACUUACCAUCAAAAAAAAGAGGCAAACAGAUUUAAAAGGCCAUUAACUAAUAUGUUUCCAUGGAGAAUAUGCUGCUGAAUAUGAUAAGCACACGGUUUCUUAAAACUUUUUAUACUAGUUUACCUUGAGACUUCCUCCAAAUUGAUUCACAAGACUAGUCUUUCAUUGUUUAAGCUUCUCUUUUUAGACUGAGUUGCUUUUACCGGAAGUAGGUCCUCCUUUUGAGCAAACAGGUCCGUCCCUUGAGUACAAUUCCCAACAAUAUCUGAAACAAGGUUUUGCCCUUGUGUCUUAACAAAAUAAAUAGCUAGACUAACUUUUUUUUUUUACUUGUUCACAUGCAGUAGCCCGUAUGAAGAUUUUCUAGAUAAUGUCAGUAUUUUUUGUAACUGCAUAAUUUUUUUCAAGAACCUUUCAUGAAAGGUGGGAUGGGGAGUUCUGCUUAUUCUGUAGUUCCUUUUUUUAUAGGAUUCCCUUGCCUGCAAUAGAAACACUAAUUGGAAGUAAUUGACAGUAGCUCAGUUUAAAACACUGCCAAUUUCAGGGAAGUGACUAUUCUAAGAAAACACAUUCAUCUGUGUGCUCAGCCUAGGAGCUAUUUGUUCAGUAGUGCUGUGAAAAGCAGAUUUUGCUUUUAUUGCCAUCUCACUGCCAAAAUUAAAUUUCACCGUGGCUGAAAUUUUGCACUGUAACUGUUAGGAGACAAUUCUGGCCUUGCUCUUUUGAUGCCUGACUCAAGUUCAGUGCAGUGUUUUAUUCCCAAGACACUUAAGUCAAGGGAUACAUCUUGGAGAAAGAAAGAAAAUGAAUGAAUACACCAAAAAACUAAUGCAAGAGUUUUGUUCUACAUGGUAGAUUGCGAGUUUCUUUAAAGCAAAACAGAUUAACAGAAACCGUAGGAGUUAAUGGUCUGUAAUGAUAGAGAGAAUCAUAGUCUGUGUCCUUUACUACAGGUUUAAGUGGGGGAGGGUUUACAAUAGUUUCAUCGUUGAGGAAUCAUAUGUGUACUAGAUGCUAGUUGAGGAGGACUUUUUAAAUGUUAUGUAGUUGAUAGCACUAAUAUGAAGCUAUUUGUCAUUCCAUAGGAGUCUUUGACGACUGCUUUGUGUAUUGCUGUGUGCGCUUAAAAUUGUAGAUUAAUAGAUGAUAAACCGUUUGUUCUGUAGUGCCGAUGUAGAAAAUACUGCCAUUCCCUCCUAGUGCACCAGCAGGUGUCAUAACCGUGGGCCUUUCAGGAAUUAACCGACUGUACACAGGGAAACGAGAGUGCUGAGCCCACAUGGGUCCAAUCACAUAGCAUUUUGUUGAGCACUGUGCAAUACACUGUACGUUCAUAACAACAACAUUGCCCACUGAGGAAACUUUUCCAAAAGCUGGUUAGGAUACAGCACAUGACAAGCCAGGGUAGAUUACCGCCAUAGGAUUCCUCUUACCUACUUGCGCCUUUCAUUGUUCUGUUUUUCAGUUUCCUCAUAAAGAUCCAAAUUACAAUAUUUCAGGAAAUACAUUGGUAAACACCAAAUAUACUGUAUAUACUUUUAUAUUUUUCCAAAUAUUGGAAUUUAAUAAUUGCUUUACUAUAACCCACAUCCUUUUUUGUAUGACUGCAGCUCUUUAUUACUGAGUUAUUUCAUGGACCCUUUUCUCAUCUGUUGUUCUUAGCUCCGUGUGCCUCAAUGUACCGCACUGUGUUCUGUUUUGCCUUUGUGAGCCCACAUCGAUGUGGCACUUUGUCGCAAUAAACAUAACACACGUAGACCCAUUAUUGUAUACCUAUUAAAUACUGUACUAUAUAAGGCCCAUGGAAAAACAUUGCCUUUACACUGUAUUCACUUUGAGGGACUUCAGUACUUUUUCCGUUAAGCUUAUUUAUUAAAUAGGUUUUUUUUUUCUUUCUUAGUAUUAGUCUAAAAAUAAUGGCGCAUUCUGGGGACUAAAAUGUUCAACUACUUUGUUUGAAAAACAAAACACAUCAGGUAGUACUGUAAAUGGACAUGGUGUGGUUUGCAUAGGCAGACUGCCAGGUGUGUUAAGUACCUGAAGAAAAGCCAUUACCUGCAUUUUGGUGCAAUGUCAUGUCUGCCGUUGUCCACCAAACAUGCAGGAAACCCUACAACCUUUAAAAUGAAUAAAUGUUAUGUGACCAAGAAGAAUCAUUCCUUAACAAAAGCCACAUUUAGCUUUCAGACAAAGCUGUGUAAAGUAUUAGAAUCUGAUGCUGUAGAAAGAUCCUAGUUGCCUUUGUGUAUAUUAACUGCCUGCUUGACUAUGUUUGUGUGUGGAAAAUUUUUCUCUGUAACUUGUAGAAAUAACUUGGGUGUUCUUUCCUGCCAUUACAGCGAGCCAAGAGGUUAUAUUGCUGUGUGUACCUUAAUUUUUGAUGGUGUUCUACAAUUUUGUUUCACUGUGUGUAGUGAGUCACUCUGUGAGGUUACUUGAUUGUGAUUGAUUAUACAACUUCAUAUAGAGUAUGUUCAAUAAACAUGUUUUAUUUCUUGUUGAUGUGGACCCUUUCCAAGUGCUGUCUUAUUUUGUUUUUCCUCUUAGUGAAGCCCCUCACCCCUUUCAUGUUGCAUCCUAAACAGUUCAUUCAGAAUGACACCGACUUUCCAAAAUGUUGAAACCUUCAUCAGCAAAGAAAAAAAAAGCUAAAUAAAUAAAUGUAUGAAACAA